AUGUUGCGAGAGUACGGGAAAGAAGAAGUUGUAAAUCGUACAGUUUUGAUUUGGUAUUUGAAAGAUUUGUCGAAUGCGAAGGACAGAAAAACGUUUCGUGUAAAUGUGGAUUAUGAUCACUUUUACAAGUUGGUUUGGAGUCCCGAUUCGAAGGCAAUCCUUGGUAUAAAAUCAACUGGAAAUGCUAUUGAAGCUUAUCGAUUAGAAAAGAAGGAUGGCGCAUUUACAACUUUCGCAAAAGCAUUGACAUUUCCCCCAUCAAAUGAGAAUGAUGACAUGAUAAGUUUAGAUAUUGCUUGCAAUGGAAAAUUCAUCAUGACCGCAACAAACACAACCGAUAUUGUUUUAUGGGAUAUUCGAGGCAACGUUUUGGAUCACUUAGACACUUGUUUAAUGACAAAUUAUUGUGCGAAAAUUUCCCCAUGUGGUCGAUUCAUUGCUGUGUCUGGUUUUACUCCUGACGUUCGAUUGUGGGAAGUCAAAUUUAACAAAACCGAGCUCCGUAGUUAUGAUAAAAUUGUUAAAGCCUUCGAUCUGACUGGUCACAAAUCUGGAGUUUGGGAUUUUGCUUUUGAUCAAGAUUCAACACAUUUGGCUUCAGUUUGCAAAGAUGGAACAUUCAAAUUGUUUCAUAUUGACAUCGAUUACUUACGAGGUGAAUCUCCGAAAUGUUUAUUAAAUGGCGCCUAUGAGACUAAAGCUGUUCCACCAUUGAUUGCAUUGUCGAACUCAGCUCACGUCAUAGCAAUUGCUGUUGGAUGUGAUGUUUAUUUGUUUUCCGGAAUAACGGGAGAGUUGGACUAUAAAAUUGAAGGAAUUUUCAACAACAAUAUUGUGGCAAUGAAAUUUGAAGCUACUCAGUUAUUCGUAGCUGGUGAUCGUCAAAUUCGUGCCUUUCACAACAUCACCGGAUACAAAGUUGCAAUCUCAAUCGCAAAGGAAAAAAUCAAAGAAAGAAACAUCACUACUGCUACUUAUGAACGUUUAGAAAGGCAAAUUGAAGACUUUAAAGCUAUCUUGAAAGAGCACGAAUAUUCGUAAGACUUCAACAAUAUAUUUCUAUGCAUUAAUACAUUUAAAAAUACUUUUGUUUGAAAAUAAAAUGUACGAAAUUUGAUAUCAUGAAUGAGAUUUGAGUCUCGUUAUAUUUUGCAUUUAAUAAAUAAAUUUAUCAAACAUGAAGCCAAUGAUCGAUUGUUAUU